AUGCUCAAUAAUACUUUAGUUUCUCCUCAAUUUCAAAAUUCGCCUACAUAAUAUCCUUUACCUGUUCCAAACCCUGCUCAACCUAUUUCUGCUAGAUAAAAAAUCCAUGUCUCUAACUUACCUUUAAAUGUCACAACUUAAUAAUUACAACAAACCUUUUAAGUUUACGGAAACAUUAUCGACAUUAGGAUCAUCAGAAAAACACCUACAGGUAUUGGAGUUAAUUCACAAAAGGAUUACCUUUACAUAUUUCAUGCUAUGCUUUUAUUGCCUUUGCUGAUAAUGAUGCAGCUGAUAAGGCAAUUCAAGAAGGCAGAAUUGGAGAUUGGACUGUGAAACCUUAAAUUGAUAAAUAAGCUAUUACUAAAUGCAAAUCUCGUUCUCGUUCCAGAUCUUAAGAGAAAAAUAAAUAAGUAUUAACAAAUGGACCUAUUACUCCUUUGGAGCCGUCUCCAAAGAUAUAAAUUCAACUUUACGUUAGAGAAUUGUUUGUUAGUGGAAUAUCCAAGAAUUAUGAUGAAUUGAAGAUUCGAUAGGUAAUAGAAUGUGAAAAUUAUAGAUUUUCUCGUAAUUUGGCUCUAUAGAGAGGAUUGAUCUGUAUCCUAAUAAGCAUAAUAUAUUUAACAGUUAUAUAAAAUUUUUUACUGUAUAAACUUUUUUUAUUUGAAUUUAGAUAGAUUAAGCUAUUUCUGCUUAUUAAAAAAUGGAUAGUAUUUAAUAAUAAUUUUCUACUUAAAUAAAAAUUUAUUUUUCUGACCCUAUAAAAAGACACAAUAUUGUUGGCAAUAAGUAAAUUUUAUUAGAAUUUUAGUUUAUCAAAUGAGUAACAUUCUAAACUUUCAUCAGUAUUAUUUAUAUUUUUUCCUCCUAAUUUAAAUAAAAAAGUUGAUCAUGCAUUUUUGUUUGAAGUAAUUUUUUAAAUCAUUACAUAAAAGAUAUGUUAGAAUCAAUAAUGCAGACCUCUCCUUUGGAAUUACGUUCAACAAGAUCCAAACUAUAAGUCCUACACCCUUCUACAAUUCAGAGACACAAAACAAGCCCUAUAAAUAAGAAACUACCUAUAAUAACAUUUGGUAGAUCUUCUUGGUGAUUCAAAAUGUGAAGUGGGAAUUGUAUCCCUCCCCAAGAUGCCAAUGUAACCUCAAUAAUAAAUGCAGUAAUAUUAACCAAUCCAAAUGAUUCCUCAAUAACCAAUACAGAACAAAAUGAUGAUUAUGCCUACAAUCACUCAACCAUUUUAACCUAGUUAUUAACCACUCUUCAUUCCAUAACAAGUCAUGUACAAAUAGCCAAUAGAACAAUUUAUUAUGCCUAAACAGGAACGAAGGAUGUAGCAUCAAUAUGUAGAUCCAAUUUAAUUUAAUAUUCCUUAACAAUAAAUGUAUCCUUAGGAACAAGAAUAUAAAAUAAAGCCCAAUCCAAAUGGCAAUUAAGAAAUUCUUGAUGGAUUCUUAAACUUUGAUACUAAUCAAUAAUAACAACAAUAACAAUAAUAAUAACAAUAAUAAUAAUAAUAACAAUAACAAUAAUAAUAACAACAGUAAAGAUAGGAUUGGGAUACUUUUUGGAGUGGAUUUAUGUUUAGAAGCAAGAGUCAUAAGGUUGGAGUGGAUGCCAAAUGCUAAGAACCUGAAGUAAUUUUAUUUUAAGAUAUUCCUAGGCACCUAUUGCAAUGGCACCUCAAAUUUAAGUGAAUUAUAAGGGAAACUUUACUGAUGCAAAAAAAUCAGCAAACGAGGCUUUCAAAUUCAUACUGUGUCCAUCAGAUUACAAUUAGGUAUUUUAAUAUAAGCAUUAUCAUUAGAAUAAUGCCUUUUAAGAAUAUAUAGAUUAUUUUUCUGAAAAGAACAAGAUUGGAGUUGCAUAUAUUGGAAAUAGCAUUUUAUACUUGCUUCCACCUAAUGAGAUUACAAAUUCCAUUUUCCCAAUUUAAGGAUUGGAAAUUCUAGCCCUGUACAUUGAAGAUAAGAAAAAAUUAGUCAAUUACAAUUAGGAUCACAUAUUAUGA